AUGUCCGGGCCAAAGUCAUACGACGACGACGAGGGUAGGACAAGCCCUUUGAUACGCGAACUACCCGACUACGAGUCCACGGAAACAUCGCAGCUACUUGGUGCUGGCCAUCAGCGCAGGGAAUCGGAGGAGGCCGAGGUUGUCUGGGAUGGCGACAAGGACUACGAAGGGCUCCCCUGGUGGCGCCGACCAUCAGUCUUCUGGCUUCUGGGCCCCUUUGCCCUCUUUACGCUCGCCUUUGGCGGUAUCAUGGUGCCCAAGUUGAACCUGAUCCUAUCUCUCGUGUGUCGACAGCACUUUGCCGAGCGAGCUGCUUGGGAUUCCACUCGACCUGUGGCUCCUGUCUUUGUCGGUGGCGAUAAUCCACAAUGCCAGAUUCCAGAGAUACAGGCAAAGGUGUCGACGUUUAUCCUGAUCAUGAGCUUUGUCACUGGAGCACUCAGUGCCGUGGUAGCCCCACGCCUUGGACGUCUCUCUGAUCGCUACGGCCGGACGCGACUGAUGGCUUUCGCGUCUACUGGAGGGCUUCUGGGAGAGAUCCUCACCGUUGUCAUUGCAAAAUACGCCGAUGUCAUAGACUAUCGAUGGCUCAUUCUGGGCAGUGUAUUUGAUGGGGCCACAGGCUCGCUAACAGCCGGGAGCAUCCUUAGCCAGUCCUACACCAGCGACUGUACGCCUCCGUCCAAGCGGGCCGUCUACAUCGGCUAUACUCACGCCUGUCUCUUCACUGGUAUUGCGCUGGGCCCGCUCCUCGCUGGUUACCUUGUCAAGUGGACGGGCAGUCUCCUUUUCAUCUUCUAUGUCGUUGUGGGCUGCCACACCGUCUUCAUCUUGCUGCUCGCAUUUGUCAUCCCCGAGAGCCUUGUCAAGAGCAAGCGUGAAGCGGCCCGAGAGGCGUGGGCCAAGGAGAAGGAGUCCAGAGAGCACAUGAUGGGCUCAUGGCUCUCCCGCAUUCAGGAGGUCAACCCAUUCGAGCCUCUAGCUAUUCUCUGGCCUACUGGUCCUGGUAGUUCGCCCAAGCUGCGCACGAAUCUUGUGGCUCUUGCCAUUAGCGACACCAUCGUGCUGGGUUCAUCCAUCGCCACCGGGGCCGUCAUCAUCCUGUACAGUGGCUACAUGUUCCACUGGGGGACACUCAAAAGCUCGCAGUUCAUCUCGGCCUUGUCGUUUGUCAGGGUGUUUGCUUUGCUCGGGGUAUUCCCCCUGAUCAAUUAUUUUGCCAGAGUGCGGCCUGCACAACGUCGAAAGGCCAACGGUGUCGUCACGAGGGAGAAGCAUGGGGGCGCUGACAUGGUCGAUAUCUGGGUCAUGCGCGUUGCCAUCCUCUCUGACGUGCUAGGCAUUCUCGGCUACAUCUUUGCGCGGCACGACAAUGUGUUCUUCGCCAGCGGUAUGUUGACCGCAUUUGGUGGCCUAGGCAGCGCGACCAUCCAGGCUGUCAUCACAAAGCAUGUUCCCCAACGUAAAAUUGGGCAGAUACUUGGCGCCACCGGCAUGCUCCAUGCCUUGUGCAGGGUCGUUGGCCCUGUGGUCUUCAAUGGGAUCUAUGCCGCAACUGUCAAGACGUAUCCACAGGCUUUCUUUGUUGUGCUGUGUGCCUUGUUCAUUUUCGCGUUCCUAACAACAUUUGCCAUCCGGCCAGCCGUGCACUGGGCCUAUGACGAUGAGGAGGAUGAACAGGAAGAAAGCGAAAGUUCGCCAUUGCACAGGCGUCGCGAACUUUUUGGGGCUACUAGUACCGAUCAUCUACCCAUUGACGAGGACCAGGUCCGCGUCGAGUAA